AAAAAACCGACCCGGUAAAAUAAAAAAUAAAAAAACGCUUAAUUAUACUACGACGUUACAUCCUCAAGAUUUAUUGUCACUCUGUAGUUCACUCUCAAUGUAUCAGGCAUUGCACAUUAGUUUAAAGCUUGAAAAUCAAAAUAAAAAGUACUUAAAUGACUAACUUCCCCCACUCCUGCCCCACCGACACCUGGUUCUUGCGCCCGAGUUCGUGUCAUUCUCUUUCUUUGUGCGGGCAUUGUAACAUCGUAUUACGUAACUUAGUUAUUUUUCGUAAAGUCGUAUCCUUUUUUGUAUCGAAAAAUACAUACAGAUAUAAUGGGAAAACGUAAACGUAAGGAUAAAAAUCGUCAUUUAAAAGAAAAGAUUAGGCGAUUAGAAGAUCGACUCAACCGUUAUUCAUCAUCAGAUUCGGGAACAGACGAAGAAUACAAUGAUUACGAUCGGUACUAUCCAGAAUCGUACGAUUACCCUAACAAUCCAGGUAGUGAAGAUGAAGUGCCCCUUAUACCGUUGUCUGAUUCGGAACACUCACUUCCCGAUACAACACCCAAAUCGGUUAUCAUGCAUCCUGCACCGAUAGUGGGCUCAGCACCUAAUUCUGACGCACCUUGUAACGUCAAUGAACCGGUAUCAGCUGAUCCGGUUAUCAGCACCAAAACCGAUACAUCACAAACGUUGCCGUCUGAUAUAUUAGAGGCCCUCGGAGACCCUAAAGGAAAAGAGGAAAUAUAUGGGCCAAAAAUACCUGACGAGAUCUCUAAACGUUGGGGCCGGGUACUCGUUGAUGGUCUAGAAAAAGAUGUAAAGCAAAAACUGCCUGAAAAACACCUCAUACCAGAUAACUUUCGUUUGGCUAAAGCCCCUAUUUUAAAUCCAGAGAUUAUAUCGGUGCUUAACGAAUCAGUCAGAUACCGUGACAAGUUAUUAGAAAAAGAGCAAAACCAACUGGGCCUCGGCAUUUCGGAGCUCACAAAUCUAGCUUCUGUGGUAAUCACAGAAAACUUAGAUAAAGUCGAAAUAUUAAAGAAACUUUCGGAAGCUAGCCAAAUUUUCCUAGACCUUCAUCACGAUCAGACCACUAGGAGAAGAAAACUCAUAACCACAACUCUUGACAAAAAGUUUGUCACCAUAAUAUCGGACGUAAAAAGGGAUACCUACCUGUUUGGCGCAAACCUAGGGGAAAAAAUAAAAGCCACAAAAACAGCGGAAACAUCGGGACUACAAGUGAAGCGUAAAGAUGUCAACGCUAUCGCAUCUACGUCUAGGAAAUAUCCCAACCAGGGAAACUGGAGGGGCCCACCCCGAACAUACUACCAACAUCAUCAUUUACAACGAGCACCGAGACAGGGUGGGCCGAGACCGCGCUGCCCCCACCAACAGCGGUACCGUCCGCCAGUUCCCGAUCGUCAAGCCCCAUCGACGCGCAAGCCACCCAACAAGACCCCAAAAGCCUAACAGAGGAAGAGACACCCUCUCUGGAGUCGCCUUUCCCUGGUGGCGUCACUAUUAUCCGGGAGGCUUUUAGAAGACAAAAUCUAAAUCAAGAC